UCUAGUUGCAAAUUAAAAUCCAAACUCGAUAGUAAUCCGCCCCAGUAAACAUAAGCCUCCCCUCUCAUCGUCAUAAACCCUUUCGAAUUCGACGUUCCCCUGCGGCAAUCGGAGAAUCUAGGGUUUUUAUCUAAGACGAUUGGAGCUACGCCGAACGAUUCAGGUUUUGCGUAAAGUGUGUGCGAGGAGGAUCACUUCGUUGCUUCAAUCCGAGUCUCAUCGUCCUCGCUUGUCUUUUGUAGAUGGAGACCGACUCGCGUGCAAAUAAUUCUCUCCUCAAGAGGCUUGCGUCUGUUGGGGUACCUAAGAAAUGCUGUUCCAAGCGUGGCCUAGUGGAAUUCGUUAGAUCUAACCGAUCCAGGACUUCGGAGAUCGUCUCUGCUCUCUUACCUACAGAUGAGGAUGUGAAAAUUGGAUUGAAGGGAACUAGGGAACGGUCUCGCUUGUCUGCGGUGAGUCCCACCAUGAAGAAGAGGUUCAGGGAGAGCAUGAGCUGGCUGCAGUGGCUGAUGUUCCAGGACGAGCCUGGCGUUUCCUUGAAGAGUCUGGCGAAACUGAACGUUGAUCAGCGAGGCGUCUGCGGCUCCGUCUGGGGAGAGAACGACAUAGCGUAUCGGUGCAGGACGUGCGAGAGUGACUCCACUUGCGCGAUCUGCGUGGCUUGUUUCGAGAAUGGCGAUCACAGCUCCCACGAUUAUUCGAUCACCUACACGAGCGGUGGCUGUUGCGAUUGUGGGGAUGAUGCAGCGUGGAAACAAGAAGGUUUCUGUUCGAAUCAUAAAGGCUCCGAGCAGAUUCAGCCCCUCUCGGAGAAUCUAGCGGAGUCGGUUGGGCCUGUACUUGAUGCUCUUUUUGCUUGUUGGAAUAGCAAGCUCUUAUCCGCGGAAGGUAUUCGUAAGAAAGAUGCUAGAUCCAACGAUGCUCUUGCGGUACGCCAAAAGAUGUCCAACGAGAUGACAUUCGCAGUGGUUGAGAUGCUUCUGGGAUUUUAUAAGUCCAGUGAGAGUUUGCUAAGUUUCGUUUCUAGAAGGAUUGUCGCUUCAAGUGGUCUAUUGAUACUUCUCGUAAAGGCUGAGAGGUUCUUGGACCAAGAUGUUAUGAAGAAACUGCACGACUUGUUCCUCAAAUUGAUUGGAGAUCCAGUCUUUAAGCCGGAAUUUGCAAAAGCGCUUGUGAGUUACUAUCCGCUUGUCGUUAGUGGAGCGGUUGAGAAGGGUGAUGAUCCCAAGUUCAUGAAAUAUCCAAUACUGCCUCUGUUUUCUGUGCAAUUCUUCACGGUGCCAACUCUAGCAACAGUUCUGGUGAAGGAAAUGAAUUUGCUAGCAAUGCUUUUGGGAUGCCUCAGCGAUAUCUUUCUUUCUUGUUGUGGGGAGGAUGGUGUGCUACAGGCUACAAAGUGGGUACGGUUGUGUGAGAUAAGUGACCGUGUCAUUGCAGACUUGAAAUAUGUUACGAGCCAUGAUGUAGUUUCGAAGUACGCAACACAUGAACAUCUGGAGUUAUCAAGAUCAUGGUUGAAAAUAUUGACCGUUGCUCAAGGAAUGGAUCCUCUGAAAAGAGAGACUGGAAUCCAUAUUGAAGAAGAAAAUGAGAACAUGCAUUUGUUCUUUGAUUUGAGUCACUCAAUAGCUGGUAUUCACUCUCUGUUGGUUAAUGGUGCAUAUUCUCCUGCCAGUGAUGAACAAUUAGAAAAUGAGAGAACCACCAAGGCUGAUGGAGAUGGAGAAAGGUAUGCAAAAGUUGGGAAAUUGUCUCAUAAAGAUUCUGUAUGUACUGCGAUGAUAAGUAGCAGCUUCUUUGAUAGCUCGAUGGCUUCUGAAGUCCACGAAGUUGACGCUUUCCGUACCCUGAUUCCUUCUUCUGCCAUAUGGUUGAUACGCGAGUGUUUGAAAGUUCUGGAGACUUGCUUAGGAAAUGAUGAAGGUAUAUCAAAAUUUCUUUGCAAGUUGGUUUCUCCUAGCGGCAGAAGUGUAUCUAGUAGAGAACCGAGUACGGAGGUUCAGGCAGAUGUUAGGACUGACUGUAGGAGAUUAUCUCGCAACUCUUCCGAUCCUACGGAGAAUGCAUCAGGAGUACAUAUACUUGGUUUGUGUGAUUGGCCGGACAUCCACUACGAUGUGAGCUUUCAGGCUAUAUCAGUCCAUCUACCGUUACACCGAUUACUUUCUUUGCUCAUAGCAAAAGCAUUAAGGAUGUGUUAUGGAGAAUCAACUUUGCACCAUGGAGUCAAUGUUAGUCUUGAGAUCCCACAGGCCGACUGCUUCAGCUAUGUUUUAGGAGAUUUCCAUCCUUGUGGAUUUUCUGCACUUGUUAUGGAGCAUGUUCUCCGGGUAAGGGUGUUCUGUGCCCAAGUUAUCGCUGGAAUGUGGAAGAAGAAUGGGGAUACUGCAUUAGUAUCUUGUGAGUGGUAUCGGUCAGUUCGUCGGUCAGAACAGGGGCUUGAACUUGAUCUAUUUCUCCUGCAAUGUUGUGGUGCGUUGGCUCCUGCAGAUUCUUAUGUUAAUAAGCUUCUCAGUCGGUUUGGGCUCUCGAGCUAUCUUUCACUAAACCUCGAUAUAACAAAUGAGUAUGAACCAGUUUUGGUCCAGGAAAUGCUUGCUCUUCUGAUACAGAUUCUGCAAGAAAGGCGAUUUUGUGGUUUUUCUACUGCUGAAAGUUUGAGAAGAGAGAUCAUCUGCAAGUUGGCUACUGGAGAUUUCACUCGUAGUCAAUUGGUCAAAUCUUUACCCCGUGAUCUCUCCAAGUCGGAUGAGCUCCAGGAGGUCUUAGAUAACGUUUCAGACUAUUGUAAUCCAUCCGGCAUGAACCAGGGAAAGUAUUCACUACGGUCAUCUUGUUGGAAGGAGUUGAAUCUCUAUCACCCUCGUUUGCAUUCAGGAGGAUUGCAAUCUGCAGAAGAAAGAUUUUCACGCUAUUGUGGAGUGUCUGCGUUGGCCACUCAGCUUCCUAGGUGGCGAAUGAUCUACCCGCCUUUAAAGGGGCUUUCUAGAAUAGGAACUUGCAAAGCCACUUUUCAAAUCAUUUCCUCUGCUUUAUACUACGCACUACAGAGUGGUACUUCUGUUAAAUCACGUGCUCCAGAUGGCGUUCUCAUAACCGCUUUGCACUUACUCUCGCUAUCAUUGGAUAUUUGCACUCAACAAAGGGAAUCUAAUAUUCAGGCUUGUUGCGUAGAAGAUUCGAUUCCGAUUCUCGAAUUGGCUGGUCUGGAAAUAAUGGGUAUAAAUCAAAGGACUGGACAUGAAAGUUUGUUGUCUCUUCUUGUUUCAUUAAUGAGGACUCGUAAAGACGAUGGUCUCCAUCAAUUUCCAGAGGCAGGCCGUUGCAAUAUUUCGUCCUGGAUUGCAAAGUUGCUGAAGAAGUUCAGUGCAAUUGAUUCUGUCUGUAUGAAGCUAUUGCAAAGUCUUGCCCCGGAGGUUGUCAGUCAAUCUGGAUUUGAUAAAGUCACGUCAGGCGCUGCUUCUGAUGCGAAACGCAAGGCUAAAGCUAGAGAGAGGCAGGCUGCUAUUCUGGCUAAAAUGAAAGCUGAACAGGCAAAAUUCUUGUCUACCUUGAGUUCCAGCAUGGAUGAUGAUGAUCCAAGAUCUGAAACUGAAACAAGUGAUUCCCUAAUGGAACAGGAUUCAGAAAUUGCUGUUCGUGAAGUUUGUUCCCUCUGCCAUGACCCAGAUUCCAAAGACCCGGUUUCUUUCUUGAUUUUUCUCCAGAAAUCUAAACUUUUGAGUUUUGUGGAUAGAGGCCCUCCAUCUUGGGAUCAACGUUCACAGUCAGAAAAGAAUAUGUCGGUUGAUGGAGUUCGCGUGGUCCUGAGACGUAAUUUUUCCUCAGAUAGUUUAAUGAUUCCGCAUGAUGCAACCUCUGAGCCUGCUACAGAUUCCGUGUUUGAAUCUUUAACAACCCGGCUUAUAAGGAAUGGUCAGACGGAGAAGAGGUCUAGCGACGGGAUGGGAAAAGAUGAAUCUAACAUGGAAUCAAUGGAAAUAGCUAUGUAUCAAACUGCUCGCAGAAAAAUUAAUAACGUUAUAAAUCAAAGCCUUACACAUGUAGAUCAACGACCACAUGCUGCUGAAAGUAGUUCAGAGAGAAAUCCUGUUGGUGGCCUACCUACUUUGCAAGUAAGAGUUCCUGAUAUUCAAUCAAGACAAACCUCUAGACAUUCGGAUGUCAGUUCAGAUGGGUUUCACCCUACUGACUGUGAUGGGGUUUAUCUUUCAUCAUGUGGGCAUGCUGUGCAUCAAAGCUGCCUUGAACGAUAUUUAAAGUCCUUAAAGGAAAGGUCGGACGGAAGAAAUGUCUUUGAAGGUGCACAUAUUGUGGAUCUAAAACUGGGAGAAUUUCUCUGUCCUGCAUGCCGGGGACUAGCUAAUUCUGUAUUGCCUGCAUGUGCCGGAGAUUUAUGUUCUGUCUCAAGUAUACAGGAAAGUUCGCAUGAUAUGUUAGGUAAAUCAGAUGCACAGAUGCCUUCUCUUCGGCUCUGUGAAGCGUUGUGUCUACUACGAUCUGCGGCUGACGAGAUCGAAGAUGGUGAUUGCGUUAGAACAGUUUCCCUGCAGGGAGAUGAAUCAAUAAGGAAAGAUCUUGAAUCUGUUUCUAACAAGCUCUGGAAUUUCUAUUUUUCUGAGCGACAGGAAAAUUUUCCGGGAAGUCAUUGGUUAUCACAAUCAAUCGUAAUGUGGGACACCCUUAAGUACUCUCUUAUUUCAAUGGAAAUUGUUACUCGCUGUGCGAAGAGUUCAGUGUUUCCUGUCUAUUGUAUUGACUCCUUGUAUGAAGAGUUAAAUACCUCUAAGGGAACUGCUUUGUUACUCUUAUUACGAGUGGUACAGAGCACCCGAACAAAGAAUGCUUUACAUGUUUGUCAGAGAUUUGUGGGCUUGAAGCAUCUUGCAGAGUCUAUAUGCUCUGGAAUUUCAAGUAGUCCUUCGAGCAGCAUUUUUGGAAGUGAAGCAGAUUCAUUGAAGAAUAUAAACCUGCUCUGGAAUCGAUCAUCUGAUCCAGUUCUUUUCCAUGACCCAUUUUCAUCACUGAUGUGGGCUCUUUUUUGUCUCCCUUCUCCUUUCAUCACCUGCCAGGAAUCUCUAUUAUCACUUGUGCAUAUUUUCUACAGCGUGUCUCUUGUUCAGACUAUAAUUGCCUAUUGCGCAGGUCGCAUGUUUGACUUGAGUAACUUAGAUAACCUGCUUAGCGACAUCUCCAUCGCUUUGAGAGAAUCAGGUGGUUGGGAGUAUUUCAGGUCUAACAAUAUGGAUUUAUCAUGUGAUAUAAAAGAGACUAUCCGUAAAUAUAGUCUUCCUUUCUUGAGGAGAUGUGCAAUGCUGUGGAGGCUACUGGAAACUACUACUUCUGGAAAGCUUCAUGAAGAGGUAGAUAAGUUUGAUGAGUCCACCAGUGACAAUAUGGAUUUCAUGCAUAGUCCCCAGUCGGAGCUGAAUCAUGUGAAUGAAUUGGAGAAAAUGUUCAAGAUUCCGCCUAUUGAUACCAUUCUCAGUGAUGAACUUCUCCGGUCCUCAACACAAACAUGGCUUGGACAUUUCCAGAAGGAAUACAAAGUUUACAGAGUUAAAGAGCCUCUUUGCAUAACACCUGUAGUUCCUUUCCAGCUUAUGAAGUUACCCAAUUUAUACCAGGACCUAUUGCAAAGGUAUAUCAAGAAACCUUGCAGCAGCUGCAAGGAAGUUCUGGAAGAACCUGCAUUAUGUCUUCUUUGUGGAAGAUUGUGUUCUCCCAUAAGGCCACCUUGUUGCAGAGAAAGUGGUUGUCAGACUCAUGCAGUCACCUGUGGUGCUGGUACUGGUGUAUUUCUUCUGAUACGGCGGACCACAAUUUUGCUACAAAGAUUUGGAAGACAAUCAUCUUGGCCAUCACUUUACUUGGAUACGUUUGGAGAAGAGGAUACCAAUAUGUUCAGAGGAAAACGACUAUACCUGAAUGAAGAACGUUACGCUGCAUUAACAGACAUGGUUGGUUCUCAUGGACUCGAUCAGAGCUCCAAAGUUCUCAAUCAAACGACGCUAGGAAUUUUCUUAACUUGAAAAAGAUCUUUAUAUCUUUUUUUCUCUCAGGUGUUUCUCUGAUCCCAAAGAUUCAUCUAUAAUUAGUAUAGAUGCUAAAAAUAACAUUCUUUGUUCUAUACAAAGUUUUCAAAUAUAUACAAAAGCAAAGAGUUUUAACCGUA